AUGGCACCAAAGGGUCACCAACAUGGACCUUCAAGCAGCAUGUUUGCUCAGACUACUGAGUCCAUACCCCUGCCUAGCCGGUUCGCCCGGAUCAAGAAGGAUCUCAUUGAGGGUAGACAAAAUCAAAUCAAGGCUGCCUGGACAAGACUACUACUAGAAUUAAAGACCGAAAUCGACAUCAUUGCCAAGGCGGGCCCCGAUAUAUAUCCUUCCAUCGACUUUGAACAUCUCAAAAAUCCUUCAGUGACGAAUGCCUUCUCUUCCGCACUCAAGGACCGCGGUGUCGCAGUGGUUAGGAACGUGAUACCCCGUAAUCUAGCUGCAGAAUGGAAGGCAGAAACGGAAGCUCAUUUGGAACAUCCCCGAGCUCGACGGCUUCCAACCCAUGAUCCUCAUCUCUAUGGUGUCUAUUGGUCUCCUGGGCAGAUCAAAGCUCGAGCACACCAGAACAUUGUCUAUACCCAACGUUUCUUGAUGAAUCUAUGGCACUCGUCCGACCCAAAAGCACUUGUGAGCCCCAACUUUCCUGUCAGCUAUGCCGACCGCGUGAGAAUCAGAACACCAGAGGAUGAAGCAUGUUCCCUCAGUGUUUAUGUCGACGGAGGGAGCGUGGAGCGUUGGGAACCCGAUGGAUAUGGUUCAGCUGCAACGUAUCAACCCAUUUUUGAUGGCCGCUGGGAAGACUGGGAGCCGUGGGAGAGCAGCACUCGACUAAAGGUGACGAGUGAUCUAUACAAUGGUGAUGGGUCUUGCAGCAUGUUCCGCAUGUUCCAGGGCUGGGUUGCUUUGAGUGAUGUUCCUUUCGGUCAAGGCACACUGCUAUUGUGUCCGAUGAUUCGUCUUACAACUGCGUAUCUUCUCCUCCGACCCUUUUUUGUCCCCAGAGACUCCUCGCUCUCGGGUCCAGACUUUCUUGUACCAGAAAACUGGAUACUUGAGGAACCACCUUCAUCUGUGAUCCAAGGUGCAUUGCCUUCAUACACGCAAGAGCUCAACAAAGCUCUACAUCCUCACCUCCAACUCAAUCGCAGUAUGAUUCCAAUUCCAAAGCUUGAACCAGGAGACUAUCUUGUCUGGCAUCCGGAUGCUGUCUAUGCUCUUGACCGUCGCCGCCGCCCAGAUACACCUACCACGACGAUUGUAUAUCUUCCAGCUUGUCCUUUGACUCAGACGAAUGCACUCUACUUGGCACACCAGCGCAAGGGAUUUUUACAAGGCGAACCAGGUCCCGACUUCACCGGAGCCCUUACUGGUGACGUAGCUAUAGGAGGUGAGCAGGCUAUACGAGAAGUGGGUGAAGCAGGAGGCGUGGACGGUAUGCGGGCCAUGGGCCUUCUGCCGUGGGAUGAAGAUGAAGCCAAAGACGAUAUUGAAUACGCUGUGUUAGAGAUGGCCAAUGGUGUUUUGUUCCCCGAAAAGUACGACAUAGGCUAUUAA